AAGCUCCGCCUCCUGCGUGGUGAUGAUGAACCUCGCCCUAUCAGACGGCAGCUUCUCCCUCACCCUCCCACUGCGACUGGCUUAUUACUUCAGGAGUGGUGUCUGGGACUUUCCUGAUUGGCUGUGCCGACUGUGUGUCUACGGCUUUUACGUCAACCUGUACACAAGCAUCCUCUUCCUUACAUUACUGAGCGUGCUCCGUUGGCUCGCCGUGGCCCGGCCCCUUCGUCACCGCUCUCUGGCCACGCCCACUCGGACAUUAUUGCUGUGUCUGGGAGUUUGGUUGUUUGUGGGCGUGUCCUCCGCCCCCUUCCUGUCCAAUGGGGUGAUAAUCAGGGGGGGAUUUCCUCGUUGCUUCGAGCCGUCUAGCCCCUCCUCUUGGGGACGUGUCCUGAUCUUAAACUACGUGGCUCUGGCUCUCGGCUUCCUCUUCCCUUUCCUCACAAUCAUUGUGUGCUACAGCCGACUCGUCCGACGCCUAAUGGCCCGCUCCGACCUCCACGGCAGCAGUGUGUCCGCCAACGCUCGUCGACGCAACAGACAGCGCUCUGUGCACCUGGUUACCAUGGUGACGGCAACCUUCCUGCUCUGCUUUCUGCCCUAUCACGUCAUUCGCUCCCUGCACCUGCACGCUGUGUGCGGCGGCUGGAACUGCAGCAUCACGGUGGCUCUGCAGCGGGCGGUGGUGGUGACGCUGUGUCUGGCGGCGUCCAACAGCGUGGUCAACCCGGUGCUGUAUUACUACUCCACCAGGACAUUCAGAAACAACAUGAGGGACGCUCAUUCCUCUCUGUUGUCCAGCAGGGGGGGGUCGUUCAGGUCGGGACUGGCUCUUGCGAGGAGAAGGAAUACGACCUAACAGACAGAGUCAGCUCUGUAGCUGGGUCGGUUAAAAAAAGUCUUCUGCUUCAUAUUGAUGAAGGACAUCACAUCAAAGAUCUUUUAACUGGUUUGGCAACACUUUUAUUUAUUUCAAUGAAGAAAAUAUUUAUAGCGUUCUCCUGAUAGGCCACAUAUAGAAGAAAAGAAAUGAGACUGAAAUCAUAAGCAGCUUUGCAGACAGCCGCCAUUGUUGAGGAGGGUUCAGGUUAGGGAUAGACUCGAAGAAGUUGCUCACCUGCAAACAGUCCUAUAUUGAUUUCCUGUUUUUUUUUAAACAAGGGGACAAGGGAGAGCCAAACUGUCAGCAUGGCUGAAAGCUCGACUUGCCUCUUAUCUCUGUGUGGAAAUAGUAAAGAAUAGAUCUGUCUGUGAUAGGUAGGUAAAGUCAUUCCUGCAUGUUAUUUUUAAAAGGAUGAAGUAUAUUUUCUUGAUUGUUGUGAUAACAUUGUGUAUCGCAAUUAUUUUGGCCAAGAAAAUUGUUACAUGAGAUUUUCAUAUCAUCCCAUGCAUAGUCGGGAACCCCACAAAGCUUCAUGGGGGGUUGCAAUGUUUUUCUGAUGUCAGUGUCAUUGUGGAGGGUCCUCCUUGUUGAGGAGAGUCCAGGCUUGUUGAGGAGGGUCCAGGUUGGUUGAGGAGAGUCCAGGCUUGUUGAAGAGGGUCCAGGUUGGUUGAGGAGAGUCCAGGCUUGUUGAGGAGGGUCCAGGUUGGUUGAGGAGGCUUGUUAAAGAGGGUCCAGGCUGGUUGAGGAGGCUGUUGAAGAGGGUCCAGGCUUGUUGAGGAGGGUCCAGGCUGGUUGAGGAGGCUUGUUGAAAAGGGUCCAGGCUUGUUGAGGAUGGUCCAGGCUUGUUGAGGAGGCUUGUUGAGGAGGGUAAAGGCUUGUUGAGGAGGGUCCAGGCUUGUUGAGGGGGGUCCAGGCUUAUUGAGGAUGGUCCAGGCUUGUUGAGGAGGCUUGUUGAAAAGGGUACAGGCUUGUUGAGGAGGGUACAGGCUUGUUGAGGAGGGUCCAGGCUUGUUGAGGAUGGUACAGGCUUGUUGAAAAGGGUACAGGCUUGUUGAGGAGGGUCCAGGCUUGUUGGUCAGUACGUCGUCUCAAAGUUGGACAAAUGUCUGCAGUUUGUCUUCCUUUCCUGUUGAGUAACAUCGCCCUCUGCAGGUUUUGCACUUGCAACCUUUCAGGUACAACUGACUGAAAGUACGCUGUUGGUGAUUUUCUUUAUUUUUCUUCAUUUUCAGACUCAAACCAACAAUGAAUGUGUCUACGAACAAGUACUGUGUGUGUAGCACAGUGCCAUAGAGCUCCA